CAGGAAACGAUCCACGGUCGGUACCAUCGGUGUUCGGCAUCGACAAAGUGUAGAGUACGCACACUCUUCAAUACGCAAACAAAAACUGCCCAUCAUCUGGUCUACUUUCAAACCAAUUGCUCGGCCCGAGCGUGUGUGAGAAGUUAGUGCUCUGCACCCUUUAUUAUUAUAAUCCGUCUCCUCGCAAACAGUACAGCCUCUGGAGACCGACGCCAGAAUCCUUCCUUCUAGCGCGAACCCAACAGCAGCCUUGUCAAAUUUCUAUAUGCCAGACACCAUGCCUACUAGGAGGGAAUCGGAGCCCCUGUUGGGGCGGCCCGGGGACGCUACGCAGGCGUCGAACCAACCGUUCUAUGCGAACUUAUACUUAGGAACCGGUUUCUUCACCCUCGUCGGCGUCGUCAUGUUCUGCUUCGAGGUCUGGUACUCGACGCUGAGCCAAAAAUUCCUGCCGCUCUUCACGCCGCACCCCCUUCUCCAGAGCGCCGCCGUCGCCAUCGCCCUGAUCGGCGUCCUGGUCCUGCAGCCGACGACGUCCGCCGACCCCGAGAGGAAGAGGCAGGGCGCGAGGCUGCACGUCGGCAUCAUGGGACUGGCCGGGUUGACCUUCAUGGCUGGUGUAGCCAUCAUCGAGGCCAACAAGAUCAAGGGCAACAUCCCGCACUUCAAGUCCCUUCACGCCUUCCUCGGCGUUGCGACCGCUAUCAUCAUCGUCUGCCAGGCUACGUUCGGCGUCUUCAUGUGGGCCGUGCCAGGUGCGUUUGGGGGCGUGGAAAAUGCUAAGGCGACCUGGAAGUACCACCGCUGGUUCGCCUACGUCGUCGUCCUGCCCAUGAUCGUGUUCACCUGCAUCUCAUCGCUCGGAACGGGCUUCAACGUAAACGUGCUUCACAUGCGACCCUGGAUCUUUUACCUCUCUUUUAUCCUGACCGUCAUGGGUGUUGCUCCUCGCAUUCACCUUGACAAGCUGGGCUUCCGUCGGCCAACAAACAUCUAGAGGCAGCGAGCCCUUUUUUUUCCAUCAAGUACUCAUAUGAGCUCUUUGGGUAUAAAAGUAUCUGGUGGUACUGGCUCUCUCUGGGCUUCCAAGUUCUUUGGCUUUGGGCAAUGUUGGUUGCAGUUUCGUUGAUUGAAUCUUGCUUUACGUCUUUUUGACCUUGACCGUCCGAUUUUUCAUGUUGUAUAGCUGUGCCAGUCAACUACAUCCCCAAGUUGUUAAUAGUACCAAUGCGAUAUAUGAACGUAUAGCAA